AUGAUUUUUCCCCCAGCAUGCUCUAGCAUCCAAAGGGAAAUACCUGAUGGGGCAGAUGGAAGGGUCCCCUCAGGCCAAAGUGAGGUGCAGUUGGAGGACCUGCUGCAGGAGGAGGUGGAGGCUGAGCUGGACACCGUCUCUGUGGUGCUCGAAAACAUCCCAGAGAAGAUGACCAAGGACAUCCUGGAAAUGCUGGUUGAGAACAUCUCUGAUUGCUAUGUGGAAACGGGGGACUUUAGCCUGGAGAUCAUCCCUGACAUCAGCAUGGCCGUAGUCACGUUUCAAAAUGGCAAAGCAGUGCAUCGCUUCCUUUCCAGCUGCACCAGCAAUAAGAUGUUUAGACAGAACAAAUUGUGUGCUAAACCCCUUGAAGUCACAACAAAAGUAAAAAUUGAAAACAUCCCACCCAAUGUUAGCACUGAACAUCUGGAGCUAUAUUUUGAUCGGGAAGGAAGAGUGGAAGAUGUCAAAAACCUGGAGAAUGAACACUCUGCCAUAAUAACUUUCGUGGAUGCUAGAGUUGUCGACAAAGUAAGCAAUAAAUCACACCAGAUCCAGAGAGUGCCUAUCAGAGUGUAUCCAUAUUAUGAAUCCCUGGGUACCGCUCUGUAUGGGAAAGACAGACAGCCAUGGAAGUUGCCAGACUCCUUUACAGAGAGCAUGGAUUCCUCUGUGUGGAAGUUUCUGCAUGAAAGGAGGCAGGUUGAAGAAAUCUUGCGGUACAUGAGCAAGCAUUUCUGUGAUGUGGAUCUCCAGCGUCCCAUCGUGAAGAUCAGCCCUCAGCCCACCCUCCUGCAGCAGAAGGGUUUGACAGCCAAGCACAUUGAUGGUUGGAAGGAGAAUGCCACCAACGCCUUUUGCAGUGCUAUCAGCAGGUACAGGUCAUUUGAGUGCCAGGUUCCAUCCUCAGUGUGGGAAGAGUCGGAGAUGGAGAUCCGCAGCGCCCUGACGGAGGCCGUCAUUCUGGUGCCUGACAUGGCCAGGGGACUGGUGGCUUUGGCAGGCCCCUCCGAGGAUGUCGCUAGGCUGGAGAAAGUGCUGGUGGGGGUGGUGGACAGGGCUACCAACAAAAUCGAGAGGGAGAGUAACAGCAUUGUGGAGGAGGUCUCCGUGACUCCUUCGCUCUUCCACAUCCUGCAAAAGGAUGGGCUGCAACAGAGAAGCACCGCAGAGCACCCGGAGCUGAAGAUGACGUACAACCAGGAGAGCAGGAAACUUGUCCUCUGUGGUUUGUUCCCUGAAGUGUACAGCAUCAAGAGCAAGGUCCUGGAGCAAAUUGUUGGCAUGAAGCGGAAGGCAGUGGAAGUUGAUGACCAUGUACUCACCUUCUUAAGUGAGGUGGACAGAGAGGAGCUUUCCGACACUUUAUUCAUUUCACAGGGCAUCAGCGCCACAUAUGAAACGGAGGGCAGAAGAGUCCUGGUGCUCGGGAGCACAGAGCAGGUCCUCAGUGAAGCUGAGACCCAGCUGAAGAAAGUUUUGGGUUUUUAUACCAUUGAGGUGGAAGACCUGAGCGUGUUGAGGAAGCCAGAGUGGCAGGAUUUAGUCAUUCGUUUAAAGAAACUGUUCAACACCCCCUAUAAGACAGUGACAGUCAGGAGAACAGGUCCUGACACUAAACUGGAAGUGGUGGUGUCCGGCUGUCAAGAUUCAAUUAAUGCAGUUGGGAAUCAACUGUCAGAUUUUGUAUCUAAAAACACAAUCAUGGAUGAAACCAUGGAUGUUCCAGCACAGGUCGUAGUCAAAUUCAUCCAGGAACACAAGAGGGACAUGUGGUCAGAGGUCUCAAAAAAAGAUGUAAAAGUCACUUUCAAUGAAAAAAACAGGAUACCAAACAUCUCUCUGCAUGGCCCCAGGGAUUAUGUCAAGGAUGCCAAGAAAAUAUUUGGAGACCUGCUUUCUUCUCUUCAUUUUGACACCCUAACGGUCACCAAGCCAGGAGCAAAGAAGUUUUUUAAAGACAAGCAGGCUGUGUAUUUAGGCACAGCAAUGAGUCAGAUGAGGUGUGUGGUCCAGCUGAUGGAAGAGGAUUUGGAGAAAGGUUUCAGUGACGAUAAAUUUUCCCUCCAGGUGCAGAUGACUGACGGAGUGGCAAUUGCCAUUUGCAAAGCUGAUAUCUGCUAUUAUCCAGCCGACGCAGUGGUCAAUGCAGCUAACGAGCGCCUGAAACUGGAAGGCAGUCUUGCAGGCGCUCUCCUGGAUGCAGCUGGCCCUGAGCUGCAGGAUGAGUGUGACCGCCUCAUGGCCACCAGGAACAGGCUGGCCCCAGGGGAUGCAGUCAUCACACGUGCUGGCCGUCUGCCCUGCAAGCAUGUGGUGCAUGCGGUGGGGCCCAGCUUUGACCCCUCACAACGACAGAGAUCAGUCGGGCUGCUCAAGAGGGUGGUGAAGCAGAGCCUGAGACAAGCGGAGACCAGUGGUUGCCUGUCUGUGGCACUCCCUGCCAUCAGCUCAGGGAACUUGGGGUUCCCGCUGGAUCUGUGUGCAGAAACCAUUGCUCAGGCUGUGAAGGAGCACUGUGAGGACCUGUAUGGGGAAAACACUCUGAAGAAGAUCCACUUGGUGAAUAAUGAUGACCAGAAGGUUCAGGCCACAGAGGCAGCGGUGCGGAAGGUCUUUGCCGAUUAUUUGGCUCAGUCAAAUCCCCAACCACAGGUCAACCCUGCUGGCAAAGAUGGACAGUCUGGGAAGGUACUCAGCCAAGCUGGCCAGGACAGGGUCCAGACAAAAGAGGGGCUGACCAUUAUCCUGAUGAAGGGGAACAUCCAGGAUGCAUCUACGGAUGUGAUUGUGAACACCAUGAGUAAGGACCUGGCUCUGCACUCCGGUGCAGUCUCCAAGGCCAUCCUGAAUGCAGCUGGACCAGAGCUGCAAAACCAGGUUAACACUGAGGCGGCUGGCAGCAACCCAGGCGAAGGAUCGGUCAUUGUAACCAAGGGCUGCAACCUGAAAAGCAAAUUGGUGUUCCACGCCAUUGCCCCCCACUGGGACAAAGGAAAGGGCAAAGCCGAGAAGCUGCUGGGAGGCAUCAUAGAGAAGUGCCUGGAGCAAGCAGAGAAGCGGCAGCAGCGGUCCAUCACCUUCUCAGCCAUUGGCAGUGGAAACCUGGGCUUCCCCAAGGACCUGGUGGCUUCCAUGAUGCUGGACCAGGUCCUCAGCUUCAGCAGCAAAGCAAAACCCAGGCACCUGCUGGAGGUCAUGUUUGUCCUGCACCCCAGCGACAUGCAGACGGGUCAGGCAUUCACUGAUGAAUUCAAAAAGAGGUUCUCUUCUGCAGCAGCAUCAGCACCAGCACAGCACGGGAAGAAGGGUUUCUUUUCCAAGGUUGUCACAUCAAAGCAAGGGCACGAGAUGAAACUGGGAGGGGUGAUGCUCCAGGUUGUCACGGGCGACAUCACCAAGGAGACCACUGACGCCAUUGUGAAUUCCUCCAACGCAGACUUCUCCCUCAGAUCAGGUGUCUCAAAGGCCAUUAUGGAUGCAGCAGGGCAGGCUGUGGAUGCAGAAUGCAAGCUACUUGGUUCCCAGCCCAACACAGGAAUGAUAAUGACCCAGCCAGGAAACCUCAAAAGCAAGAAAAUCAUUCACAUCGAGGGCCAGACGGAUCCUGCCAAGAUUUCUGCAUGUGUGAAAGGCGUGCUCCAGAUGUGCGCUCAGAACAACCUUACAUCCGUCUCCUUUCCUGCUCUUGGAACAGGUCAGGGUGGGGUCAGUGCCUCUCAGGUGGCCGACACCAUGCUGGAUGCAGUGGCAGAUACCGUGCAACAGAAUCCCACAACGUCCCUGCAGUUGGUCAGGCUAGUCAUCUUCCAGGCGCCAAUGCUGACCGACUUCCACAACAGUAUGCAGAAGAGAGAGAACAUGAGUUCACAGAAGGAGAAGGAGACCAUUUGGUCCAAGUUCAAACCCUACACAUCAAUCUUCUGGAAGGGGUCCGACAAGGGAGCACAGGAGGACAAGCAAAAGCUGAAGGACUUCCGCCUGGAAGGUGAAAAGGCUGACCCGGCGGUCUUCCACAUAUGCGGGGGCUCGCAGGCUGACGUGGAGAAUGCCAAGCGCUGGAUCGAGGACCUUAUACGGGACGAGCUGGCCUUCCAGACAGUUACGGAUGAGGCUAUCCUCAGCCUGUCUGCGGGGGACCACCACAAGAUCCGGGAGAUGCAGAAGAGGCUGGGCGUGAGCGUGACAAUGGGGGAGGGGGACAAAGAGGCUUCUCUCACUGUGGAGGGUCUCAGCCGGGAUGUUCUGAACGCCAUAGGAGAGAUUCAGGACAUGGUGAAGAAGAUCCGCUUCGAGGAAAGUAGAAAGAGGGAUGCCGAGAUAAUGAGUACCCUGGUGGAGUGGCAAUACCAGCAGGGUAACCAGUACAUCCCCUUUGACAUCAUGGCCAACCUCGAGCUGGAGAAAGCUCUUGUCAGCCAAGUGGUAGAUGCCAACAUCACCAUCCAGAACAAGCGUUACAAAGUCACCCUGCCAGACGGGCCUGCCGUUGACAGCAGCGGAAACCAGCUUCAGAUAAAACGCAUCGACAAACAAGAAGCCCUAGAACAGGACAGUCUUCCAAAGCACUGGGAUCCCAUGACGGGAAACGAGCAGUAUGUGAUGGUUCCUCUACAGGUUGGAAUGCAAGAGUACAAUGAAGUCCUGGGAUUGUUCCAGAAAACAUGUAGAAAUCAAGUUUUAAAGAUUGAAAGGGUCCAGAACCCAACUCUGUGGAAGAGCUUUGAGAUCUUGAAACAAGCCAUGGACAAAAAGAACAGACACCAGAAUAAUGAAAAAAGGUUGUUCCAUGGGACUAGUGAACCCACCAUCAAGCCCAUCAACCUCCGUGGUUUCAAUCGCAGCUAUGCUGGAAAGAAUGCUGCGGCCAUUGGGAAUGGAACCUAUUUCGCAGUUAAUGCCAGUUACUCGGCCAGCCACACGUACUCAGUUCCAAACGCCCAGGGGCAGAAGUACAUGUACCUGUGCAGAGUGCUCACAGGGGAUUUCACCACAGGACAAGGUGGUAUGAUUGUCCCUCCAGCCAAGAACAGUGCCACUGCUGAGCUCUAUGACAGCGUGACAGACAACCUUGCCACUCCUUCCAUGUUUGUCAUCUUCAAUGACAUCCAGGCAUAUCCAGAGUACCUCAUCACAUUCCGCUAGAGCCCGCCUACUCGCGAGAACAGCACAACGAUCGUGGUUUACCCUGUACUUACUCUGACUUGACCAAUGCCCUGAAGGUUUACAUUUUGUUUUCUGAAAAUAUACAUAUGGUAUGGCAUUGGUGCUGCUUUUUAAUAAAAUCAUGUUAAAUACAGUUUAUCAUGCCACAUACAAAAUCAAACACUAGCAAACUGAGGACAUCCCCGGUGUUUCCAACUAGCAGCCAUGUCUUAAACAUGUCAUUACGUUUUACUAUCCUAUCAAUGCCAUUUUUCUCACCUCUGUAUACAGGACAUUGGCACAGUAAUGGUUAGACAGAAUCAGUGUGAACUUUCUGUAACCAGUAGUCAAUACAAGUUUAUGUAAGAAGAGAUAAGCCUCAUAGUCUCAUCCUGACAACUCCAAAUCUUGGAAACAAAACCCACCUUUCUUUGAAAAUAAUAUUGAUACUUAUUACAUA